AUGCCAUUAGUAGAGGAAGCAGUACCCGCCGAAUUAGAACCUGGUGAUAUGACGAUUGUUUUAGGUAGCCUCUACCAUGCUGGUGGAGAAAACAAUACUGUAGACGAACAACGUGAAACAGUUGUAACUGGAAUUAUUUCAUUUCAUAAUACUGAUACAAAAUUAACAUUAAAUCAUGUUUCAUUUGGAUUUAUUGGUGAAAUCGGCUAUACAAAACAACAAUUACAAUACAGUAAUGAUGGUUUUGGUCAUGAACAAAUUCAAAAUCGUACAGUUUACCAUCAAUUACCAUUUAUAAAUAUUCCUCUACCGUUUGCUCAUUCAACAGAUAAUGAGAAUAAAGUAAUGCUUGAUCGUGGUCACCAUUCUUGGCCAUUUGAAUUUACUCUUCCUCAGUACUUACCACCAUCAUCAGGCUCAUUAGCAGAUUCAUAUCCUUAUAUAAAAUAUUACGCAUAUAUUACUAUUGAUCAAACAUGGUAUAAAUCAUGUAAAAAACAAAUUUUUCCAUUGAUAAUUUUUCCACGUGUGGACAUCUUUAAUGUACAUGAAGAUAGACAAUCUAUGGCUGAAUAUGAUCGAAAUCAUUUACAUGUUAAAGCUUAUUUAAGUCGGCAAAGUAUUUUACCUGGUGAAAAGGUUUCUCUUGAUAUUCAUCUUAAGAAUCAUACACGAUUAAAAAUAAAAGGAAUUGAAGCAAUAGUAAUUCAACAUCGAGAAAUCGAUCAAAAUCAUCAUGCUGAAGUUAUUUUCAAAAUGGAUUUACCCUUGCCAGAAGAUUUUACGAAGACAAAAUUUCAUAAAAUAUUUGAUUUAAAUAUACCUUCUGGUUAUCUACCACCUACAUAUCAUUAUAUGGCACCCUAUUCUGAUUCAUCGAUUCGUACUAGAAUUCAUUAUGAACUAAAAUUAGAAGUUAAAGUUCAUGAAUGGCUUAAUGAAAUACAUUUAAGCAUUCCAAUUACUAUUGGAACAGAGUCAUCAUUGGAACAAUCUCAAUGGGAAGAAAAUAGUUAUGGUGGAAUGCCAAUAAAUUAUACAACACUUCUCAAAGAAAUGAAUGCACCGCCUACUUAUGAAUCGGCAAUUGCAAAUAUAAAAUUACAAGACAUUGUACUAUAA